CACGGACUGCAGUGUGUGGCCAGAGUAAGUGUGAGCUAAAUGAGAGUGGUGGUGUUAAGGAGGAUGCGAGUCCCGUUCCCACAUGGCUCUUUUCCAACCAGAGACGUUUUGAGAUCAGACACAGGAACCGGAGCUGAGCAACAGCAAGAACAGCAAAUCCGUCCAUCUUUCUGCAACAAACACAGCUGAGAUCUACACACACCCCAUCUCCCACCACACAGAUUUAGACCUUUAUUCCUAUUUAUCCUUCUUUUAAUCUUGCAUAAGGGACUUGAAUUGAGCCUUUGGGGUUGAGACUGAUAACAGGUGAUCAGCCAAGAAAGGAUUUACUGCACGACUUUAUAUUGGCUGUUGGGAGGUGAUGACAGCCGACAAGCCCGUGCCCAUGGUGAACGGGAGGCACGCGGAAGACGCCGAGGCUCCGCACUCGAGCCCCGUGCAUGAGCGCGGCCAGUGGGGCAGCAAGUUGGAGUUCGUGCUCUCGGUGGCUGGAGAGAUCAUCGGGCUCGGCAACGUAUGGAGGUUCCCAUAUCUCUGCUACAAGAACGGAGGAGGUGCUUUCUUUGUGCCUUAUGUCAUCUUCUUCGUGUGCUGUGGUAUUCCUGUGUUCUUCCUGGAGACAGCGUUAGGCCAGUUUACCAGUGAAGGAGGAAUCACAUGCUGGAGGAAAGUCUGUCCACUUUUUGAGGGUAUUGGUUAUGCAACUCAGGUCAUCGAAGCGCAUCUGAACGUGUACUAUGUGGUUAUUUUGGCAUGGGCAAUCUUCUACCUGUUUAACUGCUUCACCACUGAGCUGCCCUGGGCCUCCUGCGGUCAUUACUGGAACACAGAAAACUGUGUGGAUUUCAACAAUGCCAGUGUGGCAAACCUCAGCAAUCCCUAUGCCACCUCACCAGUCAUUGAGUUUUGGGAGCGUCGAGUCCUCAGUAUAUCCGACGGAAUCGAGCAUGUUGGGAAGCUGCGCUGGGAACUCGCUCUGUGCCUUGCAGUGGCUUGGAUCAUAUGUUAUUUCUGCAUAUGGAAAGGUCCUAAAUCAACUGGAAAGGUAGUAUACGUCACUGCAACCUUCCCUUAUUUCAUGUUGGUGAUUCUGCUCAUUCGAGGGAUCACACUUCCUGGUGCAGCUGAUGGAAUCAAGUUCUACCUUUACCCUGACAUCUCCCGGCUCUCCGACCCCCAGGUGUGGGUGGAUGCUGGAACUCAGAUCUUUUUCUCGUAUGCCAUCUGUCUGGGAUGUCUGACUGCUCUUGGGAGCUAUAACAGUUAUAAUAACAACUGUUACAGGGACUGCAUCAUGCUAUGCUGCUUGAACAGUGGCACAAGUUUUGUGGCAGGGUUUGCCAUCUUCUCUGUGUUAGGUUUCAUGGCUUAUGAACAGAAUGUGCCGAUUGAAGCUGUGGCUGAAUCAGGACCAGGUCUGGCUUUUAUAGCAUAUCCAAAAGCAGUGACUAUGAUGCCAUGGUCUCCUCUCUGGGCAUGCCUCUUCUUUAUGAUGCUCAUCUUCCUUGGCCUGGACAGUCAAUUUGUGUGUGUAGAGAGUCUUGUGACUGCCGUGGUGGACAUGUACCCCAAAACCUUCAGAGUGGGAUACCGUCGAGAGCUCCUGAUCUUAGGGAUGUCUGUGGCGUCUUAUAUUUUGGGUCUAACGAUGUUGACAGAGGGUGGCAUGUAUGUGUUCCAGUUGUUUGAUUCCUAUGCUGCUAGUGGGAUGUGUUUGCUGUUUGUGGCCAUCUUUGAGUCCAUCUGCAUUGGCUGGGUCUACGGCGGUGACAGGUUUUAUUCGAACAUUGAGGACAUGAUUGGUUACAAGCCCAUAUUUUUCAUCAAAUGGUGCUGGAAGAUCCUUACCCCUGGAAUCUGUUCAGGAAUUUUUCUCUUCUUCUUGAUCAAGUACAAGCCCCUGAAAUACAACAAUGUGUACACGUAUCCAGACUGGGGUUAUGGCAUUGGAUGGACGAUGGCAAUGUCAUCGAUGAUCUGCAUCCCUCUGGGCAUUAUAGUCCAGAUCUGGAAAACAGAAGGAACCUUCAUGGAGAGAAUCAAGAAGCUGACCACCCCAAGCUCUGAUCUGAGGAUGAGAGGCAAUCUCAGUGCAAAGAGUCCCUACGCCAUCAACGAUGCUGAUGCUAAAAUGAGGGUGGAUGGCAAAAUCUCCACCAUUACAGAGAAGGAAACACAUUUCUAAACCUGUACCUACCAAGACACGGUUACACCCACCAAGACUGGAAAGGAAAAGAACUUAAAGCUUGCCUUGAUUUUUGGUGAAGAGAAGAUGAUUAUCGCAUACUUAGUCUUGCCCUUUUUGCACAAAUAAUUAACGCAUCCAUUAUGAGUUAACUUCAUGAUAAAAAAAAGUCUUAUAUUCAAAUUUAUCAAAAAUCUAGACUGUUAAAGGUGAUCUUGUACGUUUGUGACACUAGUGAUUACCGUACCUAGAGUGAAGCCAAGGUACAAAUGUGCUGUAAAGUAUUUCUGCAUUUUGUCUCUUGGCAAUGGCAUUAUUCUCUACAGAAUGUUCCUAAUGUUUAGAACAACCAUUUUAUGACCAUUCCAAAUGUUACAGGUAUGUUUGUAGAGGAUUCUUUAUUUGAUGGAGAAAAAUGAUGGUACAUUUGGUUGGCAUUAGCCUCCUCGCAGGGCGAGCAUGACUUAGCACACUUGGUGUUCAUGUCAUUUUACAUGGCACGGACUCAAUGCCACUUCAAAACGGUUAAACUGAGUUUAAUCCAUGGUGACAGACUCAACACAAUUCAUCAUUUACAUGCUUUCUGAGCUAAUUUCAGAUAGGCAGCUUGACUCUCUAACACUGUAGUGGGCACUUCACAUUCUCUCGGUGUAAUAAAAGCAGUCUCUUGACAAGCAGGAGGCCCAAGUGCAGCUGUUCAGGUUUUUUUGGUAAAGUAUGAAAUUGUGGCCAGUUUUUUUUUUUUUUUUU